AACAAAAUCCACGAGCCGAAAAAGAAAAUGCUGCUGCUUCUCUUCAGUCCUCUCUUCCUCUUCUUCCUCACUCGAUGUCGCUCGCGACGAAAAACGGGUGAAGUGCAGCAGAAGAUAACGACACAGUUCUCUACUUCUCGCCUCGCGCCGAGAGCUCGACAUUUUCCUCCCUUCCCCCUGCUGCUCCGGGAGCUUCGACGCGCGCCGGCUCGGCUCGGCUCGGCUCGGCUCGGCCCGGCCGCUGAGGAUGCUGGCCUCCCGGCGAGCCUCGCCGCGGUUCUUCUGCUCUCGCCGUGCCGCCUCCGCCGCCGGAUCCUCCUUCGAUAAACUCCCCCUGGGCGGAGCUCGUGGUGCCGCUUCUCGCCGUUGCCGCCGUUGCCGUCGCGGCUGCUGCUGCUGCUCGGCGCACGAUCUCGCCCGCUGGUGGAAUCCUCGCAGAUCUGGCGCCGUCGGUGAUGUCGGUGCUCCAGCGGUUCUUCGCCGGAGGAAAAAGGAUUGAUGUCCAACGGUUGUUGCUGAAACUGAUCGUCAUCUCCUGUCAUGUUAUUUUCAUCAUAUCUGCUGAUUCAAACUACAAUUCUGUUCAAGCAUCACCAAUAUCUCCAAGUGCCACCGUGAGCACUCCUGCUAUUCCUGAUCUUUCCCCUCCAAAGAAGUUACCACACGUACAAUGGCGGAGACAUAUCUCUCCUCAGGCUGCACCUGCACUUGUUUUGUCGCCAGAUCAUUCACCUCAUUAUGACCCCUUGAUAACUUCUGGUCACCCCCCAACAAGUUCACGCUUGUCCAAGCCAUCAAUGAAGAGGAGCAGCUUGGUGCCUCCAAGCGCCAGCCUGGCUGAUAUUGCCCCAACUCAAUCCAGUCCUGCUACAGUUCCAGCCACAUUGGCUGAGCCACCGCUGUCGCGUAAUGUCUCAAAUUGUUGCCAACCCAACAUGGUGCUAAAACGGGGCAGCGAGGGUCGCCAUUGUGUUUAUCCCAUAAAGCUUGACCUUCUGCUGCUAAAUGUAUCUCAAAAUCCUGAUGGGAAUGUUUUUCUCCAAGAAUUUGCUUCUCAGCUGGGCUUGCAAGUUUCUCAAAUACAGUUGAUAAAUUUUUAUAUGCUCAGCUUUACAAGAUUAAAUAUAUCAAUGGAUAUUACUCCGCAAACGGGAUUGAGUUUCUCAGCUAGUGAUGUAUAUGCAAUCAACUCUUCCCUCUCUUUACAUCGGGUUUGUCUAAGCCCUGCGCUGGUGGGUGAUUAUGAACUUUUGAACAUCACUUGGUUCAAGGCACCUCCAUCUUCUGAAGGUAAACCCCGCCCAAGGCUUCUGUUUCUCAUGUUUGUAUCAACUCCGUAUACCUUCUAGAUAUCAAAGAGUUGA